AUGGCCUCCUCACACAGCCAGAACCUUAGUAUGAUGGAUACUGGUAUCGAGAGGCAUCGAUCAGAGAAGCUCGGUACGGAUAGCGCCGAUGAUGUUCCAGAACGUGUUCCUCUCUGGGCACCAAUGGUGCCACGGGAAGCAUCGCUAUGGUGCCACCGUGCCACCACAGCGAUGCUUCCCGAAUACACGCCACGAGUCGGAUCGCCGGGAGGCGCGUCGCUCAAGGCGCAAGGUUUCCUCCCCGCCGCUUUCACCGCCAAAAAAGAAGACAACUCCCAUAACUUCGCAUCCCUUCUGUUCUGCGCGAGGCAGGGGCACGGCCCGGGAGGAGCCUGUGAGGCGUCUCACAGACUAAGCGGAGGAUCGGCGGUGGGGCAAGUUGCCCCACCGCCAAUCGAAAGCAUCGGGCACAUAUUGAUCAGCUCGCUCUGGAGGCUGGCUCGAACCCCUGACGAUUUUUGCCCGACAACAAUACGCUGUUUCUGGGGAUUGACGCAGAUCUGA